AUGAGCUUGACUGGACCAGCAGAAAUCAAGAAUUUACAUGGUCACGAUGACGAUGAAGACGAACUUGUCUUUCACAUCAACGGCGAUAACCUGGAGAAGAUCCCCGUGUUCAUCCGGAAUCACCCACCGAUGGAUGGGGCGACGACACUCGAGAAUACGUUGACCUGUCCUGUCAAGUAUUUGUGCAAGACAAACCCAACAAUGGUCGUCGACAAUUUCUGCUUCAUCCUUGAUGGCGAUGCGAUUCCGGUGGAGCCGUUGGUUGGCGACAAAACAUUUUGGAAGGAAACGAGCACGACGGCACGGUUCUUCUAUUCUGAAUCGCUGAAGACCUUCCAUCAGGUGACGCUGUUAUCCUGGCGCGGCGCUGCGCGUGGCGCGUAUAUUCGAAGCAAAAUAAGGGGCGGCGGGCUGGUCAAGGUGGACUUGGAUCGGAUUUUUAAGGUUACUAGAUACUUCAGCUAUUGGCGCAGCUGCAAAAGCUUCCACCGCAUCAUCAGCGUCGUCGUCCCGCUCACCAAGGAGGGCGAAGGCUGGUGCGGCUUUAGUUCUCGUGUUUUUGUGCAAUAUUUCUGGAGGAGCAACAAGGCAAGCGAUAAGGAGCGUGUACUGGAGGAAUAUCUCUCCCAUUAUGAGCAGAUGGAG